CCAGGAGUUGGAUAGAAAUGGGCGAGUGAUCGAUCGCGUGGUCCAGCAGGUUGUACUGUAGGUGGAGCAGCGACCUUAUAUCCGAAUACGAUCCGGUCAAAUUCCGCUGGCUAAAGAAGUGGAAGGAGAAGAGCGACGACAACUCAGAAACGUCCAACUGGAUCACGGCCAAUACUAAAGAGUGUCCCAAGUGCAGUGUGACCAUUGAGAAAGUCGGCGGUUGCAACCAUAUGGUGUGCAAGAACCAGAACUGCAAGAACGAGUUCUGUUGGGUACGAUGAGGAUGAGGCCAAGACAGCUCGUGAUGCCCAGGAGAAGUAGCGCUCAUCCUUGGCCAGAACUUCUUGAUUCUGCAUACAGCAGAAGGAGGAUAUUGAAACGGGUCUGAUACGCAUGCGCGAACGUUUGGAGGAGUCCGCUCAGCAUUCGCAGGCGGUGCAGCGCGUGCAGACUGCCGAAAUGAAGGCGGAGAAUUUGCAGCAAUGCGCCAGCAAUGGGGCACCGUCUGAAGCGAACUUGACGAAAGCAAGCUGUACAACAACAUGGAGUUGGAGUCGAUAGACAAAUUCUUUUCGGUUUACCAAAAGAAUGCGGUAUCGGUGUUUAGAAAAGAUUCGAAUGAAUCCUCUCUUUGCACAGGCUACUGAUGGCUCCUAUGAGGAUCUGCGAGCAACUGGCGGCAAGCCAGCCAAGCAAGCAAGGUGCUCUCAGAGAUCGAUGGACGCCGGGCCCAGGAAUGCACUAUCCUGCUCAGGAAGCUGAAGAUGGGCUAUACGGAGAUAUCAAAGGACAUUCUCUCGAUGGACAGCAACAAGCAGCUGACACUCGACAUGGUCUAGCAGCUGCUAAAGUUCCCGCCCUCGGCGGAGGAGCGCGCACUGUUGGAUGAGCAUAGCGAGGAUAUUGAGUCACUUGUCCGCGCCGAUCGCGCUUCCUUUACGAAAUGUCAAAAUGGGAUUCCCCACUACGAGCAAAGGCUGAAGAGUACUGCUAGAAGCGCUUUAUGCCGACAUCAGCAGCUCAGGGAGCAAUCAGAAUGGAAGUCAGCAGCAACAACAACACCAACAGCAACACCCUCAAGCUGAACACACGCACGGCGUUGGCCUUCCUGGAGAACGACAUUACCACGGCAUCUCCAACGGGCAUUACCACGGUCACCCUAUCACCGGCAGCCAUCGAGCGGGACUCGGAGGGCAGGCCGUUGCGUCGAAGCUAUGUGCCCGUUGAGCAUAAGAUCCAGCAGGAACUGCAGGGCCUCAAGUCGCGCGAGACUGACCAAAAGCGCCUGCGCAAGAAUAACAGGCACAACGCACUGAAUGCUUCGCUGGACAAGCUCCAGCUCAGCACAGACGACGAGGCCGAUGCGGACGACAAUGACGAUGAGGCUCCACUCUGAGGUGGAGCACUGCUAUGGAUCCGGAAAACUGCGCAAUGUCCAGUCCGCCAAGGAGUUU